AUGGGUUACUGCCCGCAGUUCGACGCCAUCGAUGAACUGCUGACUGGAAGAGAACACCUUCACCUCUACGCUCGCCUCCGCGGGGUGCCAGAGGUGGAGAUCAGCAGGAUUGCGGAGUGGGCCAUCCAGAAGCUGGGUCUGUCCGAGUAUGCGGGCCAAAGCGCCGGCACCUACAGCGGAGGGAACCGCAGGAAACUGUCAACAGCUAUCGCCAUGAUCGGCUGUCCCGCUCUGGUCCUGCUGGAUGAACCCACAACAGGCAUGGACCCGCUGUCCAGGCGCUUCCUCUGGAGCUCCAUCGUGAGCGUGAUCCAGGAGAAAAGAGCUGUCGUCCUCACCUCACACAGCAUGGAGGAAUGUGAGGCGCUCUGCACGCGUUUGGCCAUCAUGGUGAACGGGUCCUUCAAGUGUCUCGGAACCAUUCAGCAACUCAAAUACAAAUUUGGUGAUGGCUACGUGGUGACCAUGAAGAUCAGGGCCUCCAAGGCCGGUUGCGCCCCCGAUCUGAACCCGGCCGAAGCCUUCAUGGAGAGCACCUUCCCCGGCUGCGUCCAGAGGGAAAAACACUACAACACCCUGCAGUACAAGAUAGCCUCCUCCUCCCUGGCAAGGAUCUUCCAGAUGGUCCUGGCCAACAAAGACCAGCUCAACAUCGAGGACUACUCGGUGUCACAGACCACUCUCGAUCAAGUCUUUGUCAAUUUUGCCAAACAACAAUCAAGAGAAGACGAGGCCAUAGUUCUGCAUCCAAAAGCUGCCGGGGCACAGCAAGGUGGUCAGGGCACCCCCGUGAAGAGACUCAGGAAGUAA